UUCAAAUCCACGGCGGCCGCUAGAAUUCGCACCAUGGCGGCAAAUGAACCUUCGUCCCGCGGCAUCACGCUCUUCCCCGACGAAGGAAUCGGGCGGCCGAUUGAGUACUUCCAGCCAGAUGGAACGGAGGUCGCAACCGAGGAGUUGUCGGAAGUGCAGCGGUUCGGGAAUAUUGUCACGCAGUUGGAGAAGAGGCGACAAAAGAGCAAGAGCGCGUCCGUACAUAAUGCAUCGAGCGGCGGAAGUGCACUGAAGCGGGCAAAGCGUGAAGCAGAUGCGACCGCGACUUCCACAACAAACGAUGACGACGACGCGACAUCCGUUGGGACGAGUGGUGACACCGAGGCGUUCGAUGACAGCGAAGCGGCCAUUGACCCGCGAGCGCACUACCGGCCGAUGGUGGUGGAAUUGCAGGCGGCCGUGGUCGAGCUCUACCAACUCGUGAACACCGUCGACUUGGUCCGACCGAGCAAGGCUCCGAGCAAGGAACCGCGCUUCCUGGAAGACGUCCAUUGCUUGCGCGAUGACUCCCAUCUCAAAGUGACCACGGAAGACCUGGCGUACCUCCUCACGUCAAAGUCGAGCCAAGUAAACGAUGCCGCCGACAUCCUCUUGAACGGGUCCAAGUCGUUGCAGACCGCGAUCAAGAAGGAGCGCCAGUUCUUCACCGGCGUUCGCAACCUCUUGGGGAAGUGGAAGAUCUGUGCGCCGAUGCACGGCACCAUUCCAAAGCCUUUCCGCGCCGGCGAAGGGCUCGCCAUCGACUGCAGCUACGUCAGUGCGGGGUCCACGUUUUCCCCUCUGGCCAUGCCCCUCAGCUCGAUCGCAUUCUCCGAGCUGAGCCGCACGAGCGACGGCAUGGUGUGUGUCAAGGAGCCCGAGUUUUACUUGCGUCGGACUGUCAAGAUCACGCUGGAGAACGAAGCCACGUCGUCGUGCGGGGCGUACGUGCUGCCACGUCAUCGAGCCAAGCCCACAGAGCAAUCGUUGGACGAGUUUGGCGAGCACACGUCGUCGACAUUGCUGGACGAUGCCAACUCGGUGCUGCUCACUGAUAUCCAGCACUCGAUCUUUUGCGAAGAAGCAUUCCAAACGAUUAUGACCGAGGCGCUGCUGCCGUCGGCGCGAUGGGUCGACUCGGCGCAUCAUCUGGCCAACUACGAAGCGAACACCGCAAGCAGCACUCCCCACAACGCGCCCAUCUCUGUGGUGUGCAUCAAGGACGACCAAGUGCGCGUUCGCAUCGACGAGAGUCACAUUUUGACCGUGAGUCUGGUCGAGUCAGAGGAAGAAGAGCGAGCGGAGGACACAUCUCGAGCCGGACAGGCGGCCGCGCGGCUGCUGCAGGACGCGUGCAUGUACGGCAUGGGGCUGCUGCAGCACCAACUGCGGGCGUUCCAUGGAGUGUGCAAGUCUCACUCCCAUCGCCCCGCAGCCGCCAAGCAGACGCCGCGCAUCCUCCAAGCCCUCGUGACUGUGCUCUCCCACAACCUCCUCGUAGCCCAACUGACUGACUUUCUUGACCGCCUGUCUGCGACACUGGCCGGGGGACCCGCGACCAACCACGUCGUCCGGCUGCUGGACGACUGCGCGUGCCAGCCAGUGUGUGACACUGUGCGCGGCGUCUUUUUGCUGGCGCGGUGGAAGAUCUGUCCGCGCCAAGCGAGUCUGUCGUCGUUUGACUUGCACAUUGGCAAAAACUUUGUCACAGAGAUCACCGUGAUUGGAACGCGCAUCCAGUACGUGGAUUUGUCGUUGAACCUGCGCCAAGUGUGCGGCGGCGUCGACGGCUUCCGCGACUUGGUGUGCUCGAUGCUGUCCAAGCACAUUGCCGAGUGUUUGUACGAGGACGCGCUAGCGUUGGGCAUGAAGAAGGCGUCCAUGGACAACGACCACAUGACGGUGCGCAUCCUCGCGCCCGGCGAGUGGGACGGAUCGUUUGUCGGCGAAGGCAAAGUGCCGGACGAGGCCACCGUCGGCUGCAUAACACUACAACCGAGUGUGUCGGCCACUGGCCACGUCAACUUGUCGUGUGUGGUGCAGGCCAUCGACGUGAGUGCCAUCCAAGCGCACGUCAUCGCAGACACGACGGACGCCGCCAUCGACUGGACCAGUCUCCCCGGGCACAGCGACGCGGCGCGGUUGCUGUGGCUGCUGCGGAGUGUGGGGGUGAUCACAGACAGCUUGAAAUAAGCAUAGUAUAGCAACGACGCCACCAUACACAUACAGUGCUAAACACUAACUACUACUAGUAUACUCGAUAAGAAACACACGGCAGACCGAUUUUUGUGAUAGUGUUUGGUAGUACAGUGUACUAGUAGUACUAUCUAAGGCUGGGAUGGAAAUUAGACGCCGAUGCGUUCGCUUUUGGCGAGCUCGAUCGCGCCCUUGAUCAUGUUGAUGGAUCGCACGCGGUCCUGCCUCAGCACGCUGAAUGAGAUGAUGCCGACGAGCAGCCCCCUUCUGUCGACCGCGGCGCCCCCCGAGAAGCCAUUGUCCAGUUGCGCGGCGGUGCGCAGCAUGGCCUUGCCCACCUCUUGGCCGUUAAACACCUGCGAGUCGGUGCCCGAGCAGAUGGCGUGGUGCACCGUGAUCGUGUUAUGGCCGCUGCUGGGGUAGCCAAACAUCCACAUUUCGUCGCCGGGCUCGACGUUGUUGGAGUUGCCGAUAGGCACCGCGGGGAGCUUGACCUCGAGCGACGCCGAUUCGACCGUGGUCCUUACCACCCACGUGCUGGCGAUGCUGCGCUCGGUCACGUCGCCAAUGUAGAGGCCACAGGGGGGAUCGGACAUGACUUCGCCGUCGAUCCAGAGCAAGGCAAAGUCGAGCUCUUCCUCGCAGCAUUGGGGGAGCGCCGACGCGCGGUACUUCCACGCGGGGGGAUCGCUCGCCGACACGGUAGGCGCCACGAGGAUCAUAAACUCGUCGGGGUUGCGGAUGCAGUCAAACUCGAACUGGUCGCUUACGAGGCAGUGCAGCGCCGUGGCUACGAGGCCCCGCUCAUGUACGAUGAUGCCCGAGCCGACGUUGAGCAGUCGCCCGUCGCUCGUAAGCACCGCGAUCCGGACGGUGGACUGCUGCACACGCCGCACCAGCGACGCCUUGUACUGCUUCAUGUGGUUGCGGCGGCUGAUGUACUGCGCCACGGGGGUGACGGGCCCCGCGGACGAGUACUCGUCAUCAUGCUCCCAGUCAUCGUCGUCGGGGCCGUCGGUCGCGAGCAGCGCCACCGCGUUCAUGAGCUUCAUGCGAGGGCCGGCGGGGAUGCCUAGGUCGCGCAAGUGGCCGGCGUUCAUCAUGCACAGCGCCUCGAUGUCGAUCUCCUCCUGCUCGAACAACGGCGUGUACUUGUCCAGGUUGAGUGACGCCAGUAGGUCCGCCAUGGCCGCAAACGACUUCUUCUUCUCCGCCGUCAGCUGCGCCGUGCGCUGGGCGAUCCACCGCAGCUCAAACUUCUUUUUCCAUGGCAGGCUGUCAAACUCGAUGCCGUGAAUGUGCCGCUGGAACGUCGCGUCCGGCGACUCGGCCAUGGGAAACGUGUGCGCGUACAGAGGCCGCCACAGCAUAUCGAGGGACGCGCGCUUGUACCAGUGCCGACAACACAUGGACACGACGCACAGGUCGACGAAGUUGAGGUAGCUCAGCAUACCGGCAAACACCCCGCGUGGAACGAACGCCUUGAAGAACGAGUUCGCGGGAGGGGCCGGGCCCACGAGCAGCACCUUGGGAAAACACAGGUCGCACACCCGCGACUUGUGCGUUUGGCCGUUGAGCGCCACGCGGUGGUUGGAGCAGCUUUUGCAGAACGACCACCCGCAGUUGCGACACCGAUGCGAUCGCUUCCACACGGAGAACUUCUCGCCGCAUUGAUAGCAUGUGUCUCUGGAUUGGAACGUGGCCCACCUUUCGUCGGACGAUGUGGAGCUGAACGUGUUCUGCAAGCCAAGGGGGUCGUCGUUGUUGCAUGAGUACAUUGACGACGACACGGACCCGACGGACGCUUGGCGAUUUCGCGUCGGAGGUCCAGACUUCCAGUCGGCCAUGCCGCAAUGAGACGUUGAAUUGAGGAAACUAACGGAAUUCAGCGGGAGUCACUUGGUCCCACGCACGAACAGAAGAGCACUCUCGGCGGCGGUCGCGUAGGCAGGGAGUGCGGCGGCACAACUCGAAUGAACUGCUGAAAUGUUCUGAAGGUCAG